ACUGGUGAAGGCCAAUGGCUGGUUUGGUCAAGGGAAGAGUCCAGACUUGAUCCCAUAGGCAGCCUCAAGUCCACAGAGGAUUUGAACAUAGCGUGAAUAGUCAGAUCAGAUUUGGGGGUGCACUUUAGGAGGGGGCAGGGAAACAGGGAGCAGCUCUAGAAGCAGAGAACGCCUGGAGAAGGGCAUUCCAGACCUGGAUCUAACUAAGGCGGAGGUGAUGGGAGGCUGAGAGCGGACCUGAGAACCGUCAGGAGACAGGACUGUCGAAGGGUCGUAUCUGUUGGGAGAGGGAGUGGCCCGGAGAGGGGCUGUAAAUCAGGAUGCCAGGCUCCUGCUUGGAAUACAAGGGGAAGGAAGAACAGAUCUUGGGAGAAAGAUGAUGAGCUCUGUUUUGGACACAACUUUUGAGGAGCCUGUAAACGUUAGGGUGUUUAAUCAGCAGUUGCAAAUAAAUCUGGAAACUCCGGGAGCUCUGGGCUCAGCUAAAACAUGAUGCAAUACUGUUGAUGAAGGGAUCAACAGAGAAAUCUUGAGGGAGAGUCAGACUUUGCAAGAGGUCCGACAGGAAGAAAGGGAGAAAGGGAGCCGUGGGAGUGCCUGCUGGGCAGCCCUUGGUCCAGCAGUUUCCAAGGGGUGGGAACAGAUGUCAGGUUGUCAGGGGAUUGGAAGUUAAGGCAGAGAGUCGAGAGGUUGAACCACUCUUUCUAGAAGUUUGGUUGGGGAGGCAAAGAGGGAGAAGGGGUGGCUCUUUGAAGAAUCAAGUCAAGAGGUGGUGAUACAAGCAUGGGAAGACUUCAGCAAGUUUGUCAGCCAACGGGAGAGAACCUGGGUCCAUGCGGAGGUGAAGGACAGCAGUGGGGAGGGGACCGUGCAUGGAGCAGGACCCCCGUGAGGAAGAGGGGAUGCUACCUGGUGAUGCCCUUCAUGCAGACAGACCUGCAGAAGAUCAUGGGGAUGGAGUUCAGUGAGGACAAGAUCCAGUACCUGGUGUAUCAAAUGCUCAAGGGUCUCAAGUAUAUCCACUCAGCUGGGGUCGUGCACAGGGACCUGAAGCCGGGCAACCUGGCCGUGAACGAGGAUUGCGAGCUGAAGAUCUUGGAUUUCGGGCUGGCCCGGCAUGCGGACGCCGAGAUGACAGGCUACGUGGUGACCCGCUGGUACCGGGCCCCUGAGGUGAUCCUCAGCUGGAUGCACUACAAUCAGACUGUGGACAUCUGGUCUGUGGGCUGUAUCAUGGCGGAGAUGCUGACGGGGAAAACUCUGUUCAAGGGGAAAGAUUACCUGGAUCAGCUGUCCCAGAUCCUAAAAGUGACCGGGGUGCCGGGGGCAGAGUUUGUGCAGAAGCUGAAUGACAAAGCAGCCAAAUCCUACAUCCAGGCCCUGCCACAGAGCCCCAAGAAGGAUUUCUCUCAGCUCUUCCCGCGUGCCAGCCCCCAGGCCAUAGACCUGCUGGAGAAGAUUCUGGAGCUGGAUGUGGACAAGCGCCUGACGGCCUCGCAGGCCCUUGCCCACCCCUUCUUUGAGCCCUUCCGAGACCCCGAGGAGGAGACAGAGGCCCCACAGCCAUUUGAUGAUUCCUUAGAACAUGAGAAACUCACGGUGGAUGAAUGGAAGCAGCACAUCUACAAGGAGAUCGUGAACUUCAGUCCUAUUGCCCGGAGGGACUCACGACGCCGCAGCGGCAUGAAGCUGCAGUGACCUGUCUAGCCGGACCCCUGGCUGAGCCCAGGGACUACCCGUGGCACCACCUGCCAGGGAUCCUGCCACUAGGACUGAUGCCUGCUGGUCCCUAGGACAUGUCCGGCCCUUCUGGGAUUAUCCUCUUCUGGGGUGGAGGAGAGAGGGGCCUGGUCCUUCUGUAAGAAACAGACCUUACAGAAUUCAGUAGCUGCAGAAUUCAGAGAUGUUGGUUGGGAGAAAAUAGCUCUGAUCACAACCAGCCACAUUAAAUCGUCCAUCUGGAGACUC